AUUGAACGAAAUUGAAGCCUAAAAGUUUUGGGGCCGAGCCAAAACCUUACCCUGCCAGCUACGACGACCGAGCAUCAGCGAAGAGAUGGCGGUCUGUUCCACCGCUGCCGCAGCGCUGCCCACCGCCGGCAUCCACCCUCUUCUAGCCUCCCCCGGCUUCUCCCAGCUUUCCUCCCUCCGCUCUCUGCACGUCGCGUCGUUUCGUCUCCCCGUGGCUGGCAUCGGCCGACUCACCGCAUUCCCGCGACGCCGCCUCCUUCCGAGGAUAGCAGCAAAAAAACAAGCCUUCUCUUCCUUUGAUGAAUUAUUGGAGAAAUCUGAUAAACCUGUCUUGGUAGACUUUUAUGCAACAUGGUGUGGUCCUUGCCAAUUAAUGGGCCCUAUUCUUGAGCAAGUGAGUGAAAAGUUGAAAGACAAAAUCCAAGUGGUCAAGAUUGAUACAGAAAAAUACACCAACAUUGCCGAUCGCUACCAAGUUGAGGCAUUGCCCACAUUCAUUAUUUUCAGAGAUGGGAAGCCAUUUGACCGCUUUGAAGGAGCUAUGACUGCUAACUUGCUUAUCGAACGCAUUGAAGCUGCACUGAAAGUCAACCAAUAGCUAGCUUAUCAACUCUAGAUUGGUCUUCUUGCUAAGUUAUCAGAUCCACGAGGUUGAUAGAGUGAGUUGCAGCAGAAGUAAAGUUUAUAUGUAACAAAGGCAUGACCUUUUGUUGGUGCAUCGAUAGUCCAAUUUGUCUAGCAAUAUUUAGCAUUGUGCCAGAAUUUCGAAGGUUGUGCCAUCGUGUGUUCUGAUGUCUUUCACCUUGUUUGUGCAUUUUGUUCGUUCCAUCAAUAAUACUUGCAAAUGACAUCGUCCCAUAAAAAAAAUUGUUAUGUGGAUAUUACAUAUAUUAAUUUUAACUGCUGUUGAUGACCUGUUUUAAUCCUCA